AUGAAGGCAGCAGGUCUCGUGAAGGAGGCGCUGGUCAGACACCACGUGAUUACCAGCAAAGGUGACGGCGGGAUGAACCAUGAAGCGUCGGAGGCUGUUCGGGAGGAGACCGGCCUUGGCGACCACGAACACGAGGCAGCGAUGUCCGGCGCACAGCUGGAUGGUGGCCGGCGGGAGGUGACGUCACACGUCCCCGUGGCCGCGGAGGGGCCUGUUGAGGGCGAGGCCGACCACGAGACGGCCAGGUUGGACCGCCUGGUCGUUGAGGAGCUUGGUCCUCCGGAUCCACCGCUGGGCGUCACUCCGCUGGCGGUGACGACCGCGCUCAGCUUGUCCUCGCCCAUGCGCACGGCGCAACUAUGCCUUGCGGCCGCGGCACGCUGGAGGCGAGCCGUGAUGGGGGCCCCUCGAUGCCAGAACAAGCGGGAGUGCGAGUACCUCGCGGUCCGCCUGUCCAUCAUCGGCGACGUGCUGCCUCGCCUGCCGCGGGACGCGGACGUGGAUCGGCCGCUCAGAGAGCUGGGCAAGACGCUGGGCGAAGCGCACGAGCUGGUCCUCGCCUGCCAGAAUUGGAGCACAGCCAGGCAGCUCAUCGGCGCCCGCCGCCAUGCCGACAGCUUGAAGGAGGUCAGUACGAGGAUCGACUCCUACAUCAACCUCUUGAACUUGGUCUUCAAUACCACCGCCGGCCGCUCCCCUCGCCACCACACGACGACGGCGCCGUCGCCGGGCAGUUCCUCUUGUGCAGCCGGCCCGGUGAGGCUCACGUGGGCGGAUAUUGCAGCGGCGACCAAUUACUUCGCCGUCAAACUCGUCCGAGGCAGCUCGGAGGCGUUGUACAAGGGCCGUCUCCGCGACGGCCCGGAGGUGGCCGUGAAGGUGCUGAACAAGAACGGGCGGCGGGACGUGGACGGCGCGCUCGUGGCGGAGGUCGAGAUCCUCUUCCCCAUCCGCCAUCAACACAUCGUGCGACUCGUCGCCUGGUGCUCCGAGGAGGAGGACCGCAUGUGCGUCUACGAGCACGAGCAAAUGAGCAACGGCACGCUCAGAGACCACCUGAUGCGCCUGCGCCGGCGCGCGCGCGUUCGAGCGCGCCUGCAGGGCAGCUCCUCUAGCUCGUCGCCGGUGAGGGCGACCUGGAAGGCGCGCGUCGAGGUGCUGGUGGGUGCGUCGCAGGCCAUCGAGCACUUGCACGGCCGCGCGGUAAUCCAUCGCAACGUCAGCUCGUUCAACAUCCUCCUUGACGGAAGCUGGUCACCGCGCCUGUCCAGCUUCGGCGAAGCGAUCUUGCAGGAGGCGACCGGCGACCAGCUUGUCGCCGAGGUCGUCGGCACGCCCGGUUAUCUCGACCCGGAGUACCGCCGCACGAGCGAGGGUGACCGCUCACCAAAUUUUUGUCACUCGAGCGAGGGUGACCGCUCACCAAAUUUUUGUCAACCGUAG